AUGGAAUUUUUUGAAUUCUCUAGUGAUGCUCUUUACCCUUCACUUAAUAACAACGAUUUAAUCAUGCAGCCAUUGGAAACAACGAAUUCUUUAAGUGCACAACCAAUAGAGGAGAUUCCUCGAUCUCAAACUGAAACGAAUUGGACUUAUAAUUCUACCGAGUUUGUUAUGGAGAAUAUUGCACGUACGCAACAAACAGUACCCCACCCAGUUACAUCAGCAGUGACGUCAUCCAAUUUGAACGAUUGGGUAUCAUCCAAUUCGGACAGUGUGAGCGGCUCAGUUUACAAUGUACAAGGAAUGACGGAAACGUCCACGAACUAUUCUCCGUCAUACCUACGAUAUGGUAUGCGUCAGCAAUCUCAAUUUCCAGAAAAUGUGACGACUGCAACGACAUACAGCCCUGUCACGCAAGAGAUCAGACCGGUAGCUGUUUGGGCUCAGCAGUAUCCUGAAUCCCAAUCAAUCUCGAGAAAUACCAAUAUCCGAUUGGCUCGAAGUCGACAGCAAAAUCCUUACUUUCGAGGAGUACCAACUUCGACACUACAUCAGGCAAGGCCACUAGCAGAGGGCACUGCGAUUUCUAGACAUCAACAACAAACUACUUUCAACAACCCAGCAAACACUUUGGCAUCCAAUUCAGGUCAAACGUUAUUGCCCCAAACUCAGCGGCAUCAAGAGAACUUUGCAUUCGUCAGCAGUAUACCAGAAAAUCAAGUGAUAAGAGCUCAACCGGGACAAGAGACACAAGUUACGACAGUAAACCAUUCAGUUGAAGUAGCGAUGGGAGAUGGUAAUGUUUCACAGAAUUUGGCGAACGUGACAAUGCAACAUCAAUCACAGGUCCAGACUGAGUCCGGGAGUUCAGUAAUACCUGAAACUUCUGGAAUGGACGGUCUAGAUAGAUCCACACUGCCUGUUCAGCAAGUUCUCCGUCAACUCGUAGAGACAAUUAAGUCACCAAACUGCACGGCUGAACAACAGUAUCAAGCGGUACGAAUCCUGCGUAGUGAUCCUAGACUGAUGGCAGCUUUUCUACAGAUGAGACAGCGAUCGGCAUCCAGUCAUGGCAACACGUCCAAUAUUUCUAAUGUGACGACAAAUCAACAUCAACAAUCGGGAGCGGCUUACAGGACUACGCCAAAUAUGACAGAGCAUAUGAAAUUCCCGUGGAUGAUGACUGGAGGCUCUGUGAGGGUUACAUCGUCGGCAGUUCCUCAUUAUAAUUCUUAUGCCGUUGGAGCAAUGCAAAAUCAAGACAAUAGCCAACAGCCCAACAUCAGCAGCCAGGGCGAAAUGACUUCCUCUAGUACUUAUGCUGGAUAUCCAACCCAUACGGAAACGGAAAGAUUGGACACCUCAUCUUGGAAUAAUAAUCAACCAUCCAGUUCUUCUUCGACCUAUUUACCUCUCGAGAUCAGUAGUGCAGGACAAGAUGUAAUCAACAAAGGAGGUUUAUCCGGAAUGGCCAAUUCUGCAACUGAACCAGGAGUAACGGCCAUUUUGCAACUAGCCGCCGCUCGGCAAUUGAUUGUGCAGGCUUCCGCAUCUGCAGCCGCCGCUGGAGCAAAGAGUUUGAGCCAGACGCUAAACGACCGAACUCUAAGCCUCGAUCGUGUGAUGAGUGCCCAUUGCCCUUCGUUUCUACAUGGCGGACGUACGCAAAUGAAAGCUCUGUUGUCUCUAAAGUCUUCUGCGAAUUCCCAGUUAUCGGCUCCCCGUAUUCCGACGUGCUCAAUUUGCCUCGAUAAACUGGUGUCGACCAUACUACUUCCCUGUGGUCAUUUCUUCUGCGAGACUUGUGCUCCAAAAAUCGAAAAAUGUGGACUUUGCAGAGAGUUAAUCACAAAUAAACAUCGAGUCUACUUCUAGAAAAAUUUAAUGAUUUUAAAUCUUAUUAGUUCAUCAAUCAAAAUUCAAAACAAAAUUGUUGUAGCUAUAGGCCCACCAGCCUCACGUUGCUUGAUAUGAUUACAAUAAACAAAAUUAUUUUA